GGCCCACCCAAUGACGACAGUUGAAAAACGCAAGAGCAAUCCACUGCCGGAUCGACUGGAGAAAAAACUAAAGUCUUCAGAUACGCGAGAAACAGCGGAAAAGUACUCGGAAUGUGUACGAGAUCUGUUAAAAUGGGCCGUGGAACAGGGCGCGGACGUGGAUAACCUGGACUUUCGAGAAGAAGCGGGGGACGAUCCCUUCAACGCUACUCGAACAGUUUAUGCACGUCGUGCCAUUUCAUGUAAUAGCCCUAUCGCCCAGAUCCCUGCCCACCUUAUCCUUUCUGAAGCGACGGCACGGACGUCUCACCUGGGCGCUCGGCUUACGAAGCACUUUGUCGAUAACCCCGCAACCUAUUCUCUGCUGUCACAAAGUAAUCGAGACCCUUACGCUCCAGGACUCAUCCUUCUCUCUGCAUAUCUCAUCUACGAGAGAUAUGAAAAUCCAACGUCAUUUUGGCGCCCAUACCUGGAGGUUCUACCACGGCGGUAUGAGCUACCCAUCUGGUGGGAGGAAGAGGAGAUUGAUCGACUUUUGGGAGGAACUGGACUGAAGCACAUUGUGAGAGAGCGAAGGAAAGUGUUGGAAACCGGCUUGAAGGUUCUGCAGGAUGUCUGUGGUGAUCUUUUUAAGAAACAUAGCUUGACAUGGGAAAAUAUGCUGUGGGCAUAUUCAGCAAUUUCGAGCCGAGCAUUUCCGCGUUCAAGAAAUGACACAUCCCGUGAAGACCGUGAGCAUGCUGCCGAGGAGGCUGUAGAAGUUGCAGAGGGAACCAGUGAACUGUGCUUGUAUCCAAUCCUGGACAUGCUAAAUCAUCGUCGUGGCGAGCGGAUCGAAUGGCAGAUCGCUGACAAGACUAGCGUCACAUUUGUCACACUGGAUAACAUUGAGGCUGGAGCGCAAAUCUUCAAUAACUAUGGAGCGAAAGGGAAUGAGAACCUGCUCGGGAACUACGGUUUUGUGCUGAGCCCGAAUCCUGAAGACUACGUCAAGGUGGCCCUGAAUAUCUACGAUUCGGACCCUUUGGCAGAGAAGAAGCGGGAUAUGCUCGCUUGCAAGACUCCAAAUAGACUGGUUCAUCUCCUGUUUGCAGGAGACGACGAAGUCGAGCUUCCCAAAGAUCUGCUGACUGUAACACGCAUCUUGGUCAUGAACUCCUGUGAACUGAGUGCUACCUGGAAGGAUGACGCUAUCGUGGGAAGCAGGAAUGAAAUAGCAACUUUGGCGACCCUUUGGAGCUUGAUGAGCAAAAAGCUUUCAGAUCUGAGCAAUGUGGUUGUUCAAGAGGAUGGGAAGUACCGAACUAGGAUGGUCAGGACAUAUCGUGACGGCCAGAGUACGAUCUUGAAGCAUAACAUGAACCUCUGUCGUACAACUCUCCAAAAGUUUUUUGAAAGAGCACGUGCAGACCAUUACCGGGACGUUGUUCCGCCCACCUCCUCGAACGCACUUACUACGCUUCUGUUCCUCAACCUAACGAAUGAACACCUUUCGCACCCUUUUAUUAGUGCUGUUGACACUCUGCAGGCCUCAUUACAGGAGGAUUUUGCGGAAACCUUCGACGAGGACACACUUCUCUGUAUUGCUCUGCUUUUCGAAAAGACAAACAAGGAUAGUGUUUGGAAGCAGGUUUUGCCGGAUCUUUUACAACCCCAGGAAGUAGAGUCCAUCCUAGCAGAGCAAAAAGAGGAUAUUGUAGAGCACUUUGAAGAUGUUGUAAUGCCAGUUCUUCAGGUCGGAGGGGAUCUGUGCAACUGGAUACAGGUUAAUGAUUUCUUAUGGGCUGCCGCUGUUUUGGGCAAGUAUGGGGUAGCCUUGCCUGGUGAUAUGGUGGAUGGUAUCGAAGGGUUUGGACUGGUGAUGGUACCGCAAAAGUUGUUACUUGGCUAGAAUUAGAUUUAUAUCUGCGUCCACGAUGACAGAACUGUCUUUGUGGUCAGUCCCACUGUGCGAAGCCUUCGGCAGACCACCGCCCCGCAUGUUCCAAGCUGAAAGGGCACCCG